AUGAAAACGGCAGCAGUAUUCGUCGCCCUCCUCUCGACUGCUUCGGCAGGUCUGAGUUUCUUCGGUGGCAACGAUGCUACCAGCAACGAGGAUCUCAAGAUUCCUGGCCGCUCGCCGCUCGAACUCUGUCCUCAGGACCACAGCAAGGAUGUCCUUACUAUCCACAAAGUUGACCUGGCGCCCAACCCACCCGAAGCUGGCCAAACUCUCGUUAUCACCGCCUCUGGCACCGUCUCUGAAACGAUCACAGAAGGUGCAUAUGUCCUCCUGCAGGUCAAGUACGGCCUGAUUCGUCUCAUCAGCACUACGGCAGAUCUGUGCGAGCAGAUUGGGGAAGUCGACCUCGAGUGCCCUAUUGAGAAGGGUCUUCUUUCCAUCACCAAGUCGGUCGACUUGCCCAACGAGAUCCCUCCUGGAAAGUACACAGUCCUGGCCGAUGUGUUUACGGCCGAUGACAAGCCCAUCACGUGCCUGACCGCUACGGUUGUCUUCAAUCGAAAGGACAGCGCUUCCAAAGCGGAGCUUGGCGAUUUGUAG